AUGACGGUGAGCCGACUAAACCCCGGCCUGAUGGGCGCGAACACCAUUUCUUGCGAGGAGGUGGAAAAGUCUAGCCUCUAUACCAUGAUCCCUUCCGUCGUCCGCUCGCGAAUACCGGUCUUGCCGUCGCUUCGCCACUCCGUCGUCCUCCAUGCUUCCCAAGUCCGAAGAAUGGCAUAUACACUGUCCUGCGUUGAUGCUGGCAAAGAGAAGGAGAGUUGUGGCUUUGCUUCCACAGUCCCAUCCAGUGGUGCCAGCACCCCCAUGAUGAGACCAGAGAGUCCCGAAGAGAACCCCUGUUCGGGAGAACUGGGUCUCAAAUUGCUUUCUCAACCGGAGGCGAGGUCUGGCGUGGAUUGGGAUAUUGCUGCUACCGGAGUGAGAUUAUGGAUAUCGGCCAAAGCACAGGCUGAUGAAGGUGGUGACCCGGCUGCCCUUCGGAGCAUGCAUGUCGACGCGUUAAGAUACAUGCACAUGGCAUUGCCUCCAGACUUGACCCCUCUGGAAAUGGAAUCGUUACGUGCCAGCAUGUCUCCUCAACUGAUCUUUUCAUCGGCCGAGAUCCGAGAGCUAGAUGGUCAGCGACGGCCCAACCUCCUGAGGCAAACCGUGGCCCAAGCGAUAUGCUGGCUUGUUGCCACUUUCCUGUUGUUGAUUCCGGUGCUGAUGACAUUGCUCACUCGUGUGCUGCAAUUCGAGCGGCAGCAUCAGGUUACCGAGAGAAUCAUCACCAAUAGUCUCGACAUGACUUCCAGUCUCGGUGAACGUGGGUUGGACUUGCACAACGCACUGCGUCGCUUCAAGGAUGGUCGGGUGGGAGCCGUUUGUCUCGACGCUGGCUCAUGGUUUGCCGAGAGCAUCCUUGGAGGUGUGAACGACGGCAUUGAUGCGGCGUCUCAGAGUAGAAGAAAGACGCUUUGA